CGUAAAUAAAGUGUUACCAUGAUUUUACCAGUUGGGGGUUUUAUAAGAUUCAUGAUGAGAUAUAACAUGAGACAAUUUACACACUGAGGAGCCACCAACUUUCACUACUGGUUCAAUGUCACUGAACACUUUUCAUACAAGUGUAAUGUGUCACAUGGUCAUGUAUCACAUUUCUCCCUCUGACAGAUACACUGUCACUUUUGUUGCUUGGUAACCUGAUCCAGCUGUUGUCCAAAGGACUGCUGUAACCAUAGUAACAGCCUGUAUAAUUGAUCAGUCCACAGUGGGGAAAACAUGGAGCAGGACUGUAUCGCCGGUCUGUACCAAUCCCUGGGGAUGUUUGUCGGAGCAGAGCUGUCCUCUGAAGACGUGAGCUUCCUAUACCAUAAAGUGUUUCAUGUUCCCUCCAACACAGAUGAAGCACAUGUGGCCAUGAAGAAGAUGGCAGGAGGUGACGAUAGUUGGUGCUGUGUUGGUGAAAAUGUGUUGGAUGUUCUCCUAGAAAUGGAAAGGGAGAAGGAAAAGAAGGAAACGCUCUACUGGGACUUCCAGCUGCUGAAUGUUGGAAAUCUCAACACUCUCUAUGUGAUGGACAAACCAGUUAUCAUCGAUCCUCAUGUGCUGAAGUGCCUCCAGCAAAGCACAGACCCAAAUUAUUUUAAAAAAGUGGUGGAAGAAAAAGAGCUGUAUGGGAAUGUGAGAGGUGGGAAGAGGCUCAAGAAGGCAGCCAGGCAGUUCUGGGCCAGAUUGGCGUCAGAUGGUGUGCAAAGUAUACUGCCCUCUCCCUGGCAGGGCCAAAGCCUAGGGGUCAGAGGUCAGGCCUGGGGCUGUGUCUCCCUGUCGGACAUCCUCCUCCUGCUGGAAGUCAAGUAUGAUGUGGUGACCCACUUGCUUUAUACAGAAAUGCUCCAAGAGCACUACACUCUGGGUAUCUGGGAAACCCUGCUGCCAUGGCAACAACAUAAGGAAGAGGAGGGGCUGGCGGAACUCGCAGAAGAGGCUUUGGAGUCAGGUGACAUGCUUCGUUUGGCCAAGCUGCCAGGAGCGUUCAGGAUAUACACAAUAACAAGGUUAUUAUUAUACAUUUAAAAUGAAAUUAAAACUAAAUAUACUGAAAUGUCUUUAACUGAAAAGAAGACAACAACCAAACUACAAUACAGAAAUAUGUCUUGGUUUCAAAACUAACUAAACUAAAGAACUAAAAAUAC